UUCUUGAGUGGGUUUUGACCUGGAAAAUCAUAGAGCCACCUGUUUUCUUUGAUGGGUGUGUUGGUUUUUGGCUAAAGUUGCUUUCUUUAAUGGAAAUCCAGAGUUGGAAUUUCUCUGAUUUGGGGGAAAGAUCAAAUUAGGGUUUUUGUUUGAUGGGAUAAAGCUUUAGUCUUUGAGCUGUUCUUGUGAAUUGAGCCAGUUUCCUCAUCUGGGUUUUCUCCAAGAUUGAAUUUUUCACAAGCUUUGAUGCAUUUUUCACUAUGGAAGCCCCUGUCUCACUGUGCUGCUCUGCUCAUGGAGAAGAAGAGCAGCAAAAGAAGAAAUGGGUCUGAUCCAAACCCAUCAAUUCUUCGAAAGCUUCAUGAGAACAAGCUCAGGGAAGCUCUUGAGGAAGCUUCAGAAGAUGGGGUUCUGUCCAAAUCCCAGGACAUGGAGUCUGAGACUCUUGAUCCAGACCAGGGUCUUGGACGGUCCAGAUCGCUUGCCAGGCUCAAUGCCCAGAGAGACUUCCUCAGAGCCACUGCUCUUGCUGCUGAGCGCAUUUUCGAGUCCGAGGAGGACAUCCCUGAUCUCUAUGAAGCCUUUGCCAAGUUCUGCACUAUGUAUCCGAAAUACGUGGCGUCGGAGCUGAUUGAUCAGCUGAGGUAUGAUGAGUACUCACAUUUGGGAACCAAGGUAUGCCUUGACUACUGUGGUUUUGGCCUUUUUUCGUAUCUGCAGACAUUGCAUUAUUGGGAGUCUUCUACAUUUAGCUUGUCUGAGAUUACUGCCAAUUUGAAUAACUAUGCUCUUUAUGGUGGUUCUGAGAAAUGUACUAUUGAACAUGAUAUAAAGACUAGGAUUAUGGAUUAUUUGAACAUUCCUGAGAAUGAGUAUGGUCUUGUGUUUACUGUGAGUAGAGGGUCUGCGUUUAAGUUGUUGGCAGAGUCAUACCCUUUUCAUACGAAUAAGAAGCUGUUGACCAUGUUUGAUUACGAGAGCCAGUCUGUGAAUUGGAUGGCUCAGAGUGCUAGGGAGAAAGGUGCAAAGGUGCAGAGUGCGUGGUUUAAGUGGCCAGCCCUGAAACUCUGCUCGACUGAAUUGAGGAAGCAGAUUUCAAACAAGAAAAGGAGGAAGAAGGAUUCUGCGACAGGUCUUUUUGUGUUUCCGGUUCAGUCUAGAGUUACUGGGGCUAAGUAUUCUUACCAGUGGAUGGCAUUGGCACAGCAGAACAAUUGGCAUGUGUUGCUUGAUGCUGGGUCGUUGGGUCCCAAGGACAUGGAUUCACUUGGGUUGUCCUUGUUCAGGCCUGAUUUUAUCAUCACCUCGUUUUACAAGGUUUUCGGGCAUGAUCCAACUGGAUUUGGAUGCCUUCUGAUUAAGAAAUCAGUUAUUGGUUGCCUUCAAAGUCGGUCUGGAUCCACUGGGUCAGGAAUGGUGAAGAUUACCCCUGAAUACCCGUUGUACUUGAGUGAUUCUGGAGAAAUUCUGGACAAGUUAGCUGGAAGUGAAGAUGAUGAAGCAGCUGGAAAUAGUGAGAAAACCCCAGAAACUCGCCAGGGUUCAAAAUUGCCUGCCUUCUCUGGAGUAUACACGUCUGAUCAGGUGAGGGAUGUAUUUGAAACUGAGAUGGAUCAUGAUAACAGCUCUGACAGAGACGGAACAAGCACCUUAUUUGAAGAAGCUGAUAAUAUUUCGGUAGGGGAGGUGAUGAGGAGUCCAGUUUUCAGUGAAGACGAGUCAUCAGACAAUUCAUUUUGGAUUGAUUUGGGUCAGAGCCCAAUGGGAUCUGACCAUUCAGCUCAGAUCAACAAACAGAAGGUUGCAUCUCCUUUGCCGCCAUUUUGGUUUUCCGUCAGGACGAAGCAAAAGAAACUCUCUCCUAAAUCCACCUCUAAGAUGUGUAGCAGCCCCGUAUAUGAUGACAAAGAGGUACUCUCAGGGCCGCAUGAUGAGACUAGUGGGCUAUCAUUUGAUGCCGCUGUCCUAUCUAUUUCUCAGGAACUGGAGUGUGUGAAGGUGGUCCCUGAAGAGAAAUGCUUUGCAGAGACAAGUCCAGCUUCACCAAAUGGUAAAACGGGUUCCAAUCUGCAUGAUGGGGAGAUUGAGGAAGAAUGUGAAAAUUCAACUUCCACCUCUCAGCAUCAUAGACGGGCGAAUGGUUCACCAUCAACCGCAGAAAGUUGCACAGAGAAAAGAGGUUGCGCCAUAACAAGAGAAGCUGAAGGUGAAAUUAGGUUGUUGGGGAGAAGGGAGGGGAGUAAAUAUGCUAAUGGUAGAUUUUUUGGUUUGGAAGAGAGUGAACCACCUAACAGGGGGAGAAGGGUGUCCUUUAGCAUGGAAGAUAACAGCAAAGACCCUGUCAGUCAUAAUCUGGAGACAGGAGAAAUAUCUGUGACUAGUCUGGAGGAUGAAGAUUACAGCAGUGAUGGGGAAUAUGGUGAUGGGCAAGAUGGAGACAGGGCAGAACCAGAGAUAAUAUGCCGGCAUCUUGAUCAGAUCAACACAUUGGGCCUCAAUAAAACCACCUCCCGUCUGCGCUUUUUGAUUAAUUGGCUUGUAACCUCAUUGCUGCAACUACGAUUGCCUGGUUCAGAUGGAGACAAUGGAACAACACUGGUUCACAUCUAUGGCCCCAAAAUAAAAUAUGAAAGGGGUGCAGCUGUAGCUUUUAAUGUGAAAGACCGAAAUGGAGGCCUUAUAAAUCCUGAAGUAGUUCAGAAGCUGGCUGAAAGAGACGGUAUCUCUCUUGGCAUUGGUUUCCUCAGUCACAUACAAAUCAUGGAUACUUCCAAACAUCAAUAUGGGACUCUGAAUCUUCAAGAUACUACCCUGUGCAGGCCAAUGGAAAAUGCAAAAAAUGAUAAAAAGGGCAUGUUUGUAAGGGUUGAGGUUGUGACAGCUUCUCUGAGUUUCCUCACAAACUUCGAUGAUGUUUACAAGUUAUGGGCUUUUGUAGCAAAUUUUCUGAAUCCAUCCUUCAUCAGAGAAGGCGGACUAUCUACUGUUGACGAAGAAUCUGAGACAAAAUCUGAAAUCAAUGAUAUUGUUCCAACGUGAGAGGAAAUUUUCCAUUUUAUCUGGUCUGAUUCUUUUGUUCAUGCUGGAGAAGCUCAUCAGUGGAGGCUGCAGCAAAUUUGUUCAUGUCUAGUCUUCGUUCUGAUUUUGUUUUCGCGCUUUGGAUUCUUGUAGAGUUCUUUCUUCUCAUUUUUUUGCUAGAAAAGGGUUCCUGUAGAGUUUAGAUGUUUGUAUCAUCCUGGCAAUUGGUAAACAGAGCAGAAAUAUAUUGGAACG